CCUACCAAUUGAUAAUUUGUCGUUAGAAAUCGUCCAAAAUUUUAGUUGAAACAGAAAACCCAAAAAAAUAAAUGAAAACAAUUUACGAAGCUGCUUUGAAAACCCAGUUACCCGCAACAAAAAUUGCUUGAUGCCAUCUAGACGCUUUCCAACACUGCCCAUCUUUGAAAAUCCAUAGAGCUAAACACAGGUUUGUCGGUUAAGUUGAGAAACACCAAACGUGUCCAAUGUCGGAGAACAAGGAAGAAACACUCGCCAGUUUUCAGAACAUCACAGGCAUUGACGAUGUCGGCGAAGCCUUCUCCCAUCUGGAGGCCGUCAACUGGAAUCUUAUGGAUGCACUGAGCCGGGUGAUGCCCCACGAGGAUCCAUCCCUUGCCAGCGCUAUACAUCAGUCGCAGCCUGCAUUGGCGGAGAACACCAAUGGUUUCCGGCCACCUGGAUACGACGAACUGCCUGGGACUUCGAGUGGUGGCUUCUUCGCCUCCGAGCGCCAGAACCUCAACAUCCCGCAGAGAUUUCCUACAUCACAAUUGCUAGCCCAGCUAACGUCGAGCAUCAAUCUUGACCCGGUAGCCAGCCAGAACAAUAACCAGAACAAUCAGGAAUUGGUUCUGUUCAAUAUUCACUUCAACCAGCAGAUCUGCCAGAUUCGCUUGCCUCCACAGGCUACCAUAGAACAACUCAAGCGCUGCAUUUUUGAGAAAACCAGAGUUCCAGUCUGCCGGCAGGCCAUUCAAGGCUGGCCUCCGUCCAAGGCAAGCGAAGCCCAGCAGCCCAGUUCGAGGCUCGGAAAUUUAGAUCUGGCACAGGAAAACGAACUGUCUCUAGUGGAUCUCACCGAUGAUGGAUACAUGGACACUGAGCAGGAUGAGGUAACACAGCGUGCGGACAAGACUUUUUCCAUCCAUAUCCAAUUCGAGUCGGGAAGUCCACUCGAACUCAGUCUUCCUGGGAACACAACCAUGCUGCAGCUGAAGAUGCACGUGGACGAUAUAAAGAGCAUACCCGUUCGUCACCAAGAGUGGACUGGCUGGCCCAGAGGCUGUGACAACGACACCACCCUAGCGCGAUCUGGAAUAGAUCUCACCCAUAGCUUUGGAGUACGCAACCUUGCGCCUACAAUUGCCUCCCAUAGCAAUUCAAACCAGCAACAAAAUAAUAGCUACGAUAUCGUCAACGUAGACAGCGAAAGUUCCACAGAUGAGUUCGAGGAUGCGACUGACUUCAAUUUUACAGACUCUCCGCCUGCUCAGCCACUUAACAUACACUUAAUACCAAACAACACAGACGACGAGAUGAGCGGUUCCUCUCAGUUCGUAGAGAACUAUGUGGCGCGAUAUGGAGAGCCUUGUCCCUACUUCUUUGUAGGAAGCCUAGAAAGUGCCCUGCAGAUGGCCUGCUAUAAGCCAGCAAAGGAACGUAAACUUUUGGCCAUUUACUUGCAUCAUGGCAAAAGCAUUUUGACCAACGUUUUCUGUGAUCAGCUGAUGAAAAAUGAGACCAUUAUUCAAACAUUCAUGGAGAAAUUUGUGCUCUUCGGCUGGGACUUGACCUUCGAGAGUAAUAAGGAUAUGUUCCUUUCCUCGCUGACUGCCUGCAUCAGCAGCAAUGCUUCGCUUAUGGCCCGAAACAUAGGGCUGGACAAGCUGCCAGCUAUCAUGCUAGUGGGUAAGAGCCGUGAAUUGGGCAGCAGCUGCGGGGUGCUUUCUGUGAUUCCUGGCAACAUUGACUUGGAUGAAUUGCUGACGAGGCUGAUUGGAACAUGUGAGCGGUUCGAGGAGCAGCUGCAAGGAGAGAUCCGGCAGGACGACGAGCGGGCUGCUCGUGACCAGGUUAAGGCUGAGCAGGACAUGGCUUACGAAGCAACCCUGCAGGCCGACAGGGCUAAGGACGCGGCGAAGCGCCAAAGAGAGGCGGCCCAAGCGGCCGAAAGAAAGCGCCUCGAAUCUGAACGUGCCGAGGAGGAUGCCAGGCGCGAGUCCAUCAGAUUAAUUGCUCAACAAUCCCUACCUCAGGAGCCGGCCGAACAGACGACAGGCACUGCCAAGAUACGCGUGCGGAAGCCAUCAGGCGAAUUUUUGGAACGCCGCUUUUUGAAGAGCAACAACCUCCAGGAUCUACUGAACUUUGUGACCGCCAACGGAUUCCUAAUUGAAGAGUACAAACUGUUAAGCUGGCCACGCCGCGAUCUCACAGCCAUGGAGUCCGGCCAGACACUUGAGGCCCUUAAGCUGUAUCCGCAGGAAACUGUGUUCUUGGAAGAGCGAUGAUUUCGUUCCAUCCCGCCCAUCACACCACCUUAAUUUUAGGCAGUUUUCGUUUAAUUGGUUUCAGUUCUUGUCGCAUUAUUUGAAAAAUGUUUGAGUUUUAUUGAAGAACUAUUAAUUAAUUUAACGAGACAAGCGAAAAGUUUAGAAAAAGCGCGAACACAGAACUCCCAAGCACACUCUUAUAGCAGCCACACCUAAACCCAUACAUUCAUAUAAAGAUAAUGACAUCUGAUACAGAUUACGGCAUGUAAGAGCUAAAAGGUUUUAUACAACUAUAUACAAACAUAAAUAUUGGAGAUUCAGCGAAAUAAGAUAGAGCAGUAGCACCAGGCCCCAGAUUCUAGAGAUAAACAUAUAGCAGAGGGGAGAAAGGAUAAACAAAAUUACUGCAUUUAUGUUGGCUUGUUUUACUUUAUUAAUAAUAAAUUAUAUAACAUGUA